UCAUAUAUUUUCACUAGUUCCCGUUCACUCUAGAUCUCGUGCCUAACCAGCUCGAACGUGGCACUCAAUUCCUAGCUCUUUAUUACAGGAGUUAUUCUAAGAUUGCAGAGUCCAAGCACAGAAGUCAAAAAUCAUUUUUUUUUUUUUUUUAAUUUUAACCUCUAAAAUGGCCCUGACACGCGUCCAAUCAGUGCUAUUGCUCCUCGUUCUCUCCCUCCUCCCCAUCGUAUCUCGCGCGUUGAAUUUCGACUGCAAUAACGAGCCAACCGACAGCAUUUCCGUCCUCAGUUUCUGCACCGACGCCGGCGACCGCCGCACCUGCAUGUACGGCAGCAUUCCAGAAAAUUAUGACUACAACGCACUUCUGCGCGGCGCUCUUUUCUGUAAGGACUGCGCGGGAAGCGUGUGGCGACUGUCGCAGUGCUGCGACCUGGACUUGAGCGACUACUAUCUCGUGGCUGGUCAGCAGGCGUACGCUGACUCCGCGAAAAACGCAAUAAAAAAACUGAAAUGUCCUGGAAAUAAGGGGUGUAGCAAUGGUUACCCCCAGUGUAAUUGGAAGGGGUUCCAGGGUAUUGCUCCCUAUAGUAGGUAUGCUGAGACAAGGGUAUGGUAACCACAUGAUGCCGGUGUCUGUUAGGCAGGGCGGCUUAGGGGGUAUCAUGUGUUUACAAGCAGCAGAAGACAAUCAGGACAUACGUCCUCAGGACGUCAACGUCUCUGGAAUCAUAAUAAAGCCUUGACGCCACAUGUCACGUGGCCGCUUUGGGCUUUAGUGUGGCGAACGUGGGGAUUCAGGUCUGAUUGAUUUUGGCGUGUUGCUGAAGAUGGAGCUACUCGCUGAUUUUGUGGAGCAGUGGCAAUGGAUCACAUAGCGUGGUACCAGGGGUAUAUUAUGCUGUACAUGUUUCUGUGAAAUCUCAACUAGUUCACUUCUCAGUUCCCAGGAAACCUGUUCCUUCAUAGCAGAAAUUUGUCAGCGAGCUUCACGCUCUGGCUAAGCACCUUUGCUAGAAUCCUCGUCUUCCAAUUCAGUGAGCCUCCAGCAGACCCUCGAGUGUAAGCUUUGGUUUCCGCAAUAGACGAGUAUUUUCCCACCAGGUUCCUUCGUACUAGUAGUAGGCGUCAGUCAACUGCACCAGCGACGUCCCCCCAGCGCCGAUGGCGGCGAAAAAUCCUCCCCUGAUUCUCCUCGCGACUCUCUUCCUCUCCUCCCUUCUUCUCCCGCUUGCUCCGGCUCGCGCGUUCACCUUCGACUGCGCGAACGAGGUUAGCGAAACCGUUUCCAUCCUGAGCUUCUGUAACGGGGAUGGCUGGCGUCACACGUGUCUCUACGGCGGCGGAUACGCUACCGACGGCUCGGGGGAGUGCACGCGAGUUGAUAACGGCGCGCUGUACUGCACGGAUUGCCAGGGGACCGAGCACGUGCUGGAGCGCUGCUGCGAUAUAGACCUCUCUGGUUACGAGCUGAGCGCAGGCCAGCAGGCCAACACGUAUGAUAUCGAGGCAGGAAUCAGCGUGCUGCAGUGCCCCGGGAACUCCGACUGCGCCGAUUUUGGCUAUCCGCAGUGUAACGGAGGUGGGUACGAUGGGAUUACUCCGUAUUUCUACAACGAGUUUUCCUACUCGCGCGGUUACGAUGUUUGCCCCGAUUCCAGCAACGGCGGAGUGAUGCUGCGCGCGUUGGAGCGCCCCCGCCCGCACAGCAGCGGAGUGCGCCUGCGCGAGGCGGAGGAAUCCGCCUUUCCGGCGGAGGAGCUUCCUGCGGAAGAGGUUUCUGUCGCGGAAAUCCGCGCCAUUGCUGCCCCCCGUAGUGCGCAGGUGGGCGGAGUGACUAAGAUGCGCCGCCGCCUGUGGGGAAGCGGACGCCCCUGGUCUCCCCCCAAGAUGUACCGCCGCCGCCUGUGGGGAAGCGGGCGCCCCUGGACUCCCCCUAAGAUGUACCGCCGCCGCCUAUGGGGAAGCGGGCGCCCCUGGUCUCCCCCUAAGAUGUACCGCCGCCGCCUAUGGGGAAGCGGGCGCCCCUGGUCUCCCCCGAAGAUGUACCGCCGCCGCCUGUACGGAAGCGGGAGGCAGUGGUACCCGUAACAACACAGGAGCAACAGCUAAUUCUAGGCACGAGAGACCAGGAGCUAGAAGCAAAGCAACGGUGAGAGGAAGUGGGUUUGAUGUGAGAUGUAGAAGAUGGAGAUUGGUUAGAUGAUCGUGCGGUCCAUAAUGAAGGCUGAUCAGGUAGCAAAGUUACAGGGUUUCGUGAUAGUAGGGGCCAGAACGGGAUUGUUGUGGUUCGGGAUUAGAAAUCAUUGUUUUUAGUGUAGGAAGCGUGUGCUAGAAGAUAUGCUUGUACUCUCUUCUCUUGUACUUCAUAUUUUUUUUAUG